AUGACACUGGAUAUUCUAAGUGCAUUGAAGGAUUCUCCUCAAGAUGUUUUCAAGAUUUUUAAGUCUGAUAAAGGUGACAGUGGCUACUUCAAGAAGUUAACUAAAAAGUUAGUUGAUCCUUUAGCCAAAUCGUAUUCUGUGCUCGAUGAAAUCUUUGUGGAAGGACUAGAUUCCAACCAGGUUUUCGGACAAACUAAGAUGGUCCUAGAUGGUGUAAAUGAAUCUCUUUUAUAUGACAAGAUACCUUCUAUGAGAGAAGAAUUAGGAGGUUCUGACAUGCAUCAAGAAGUUAUAGACCGCAAUGGCCCCUCUAGUUCAGAGUCUGAAGCAGAGAGCGUUGAAGAUGACUUAGUACCGCAAUCAGAUUCUUCUACAUUGUAUGAUGGUGAUCAGGAUUUUGCUGAGCAAAACGAAAAUGAAGAGGGCUUUGAGAGUGAUUCCGAGAAUGUUUCUGGAAAGGAGGAGGCAGAAGAUGAUUCACGCACAGAGGUUCCUCUGGGAGAAGAAGAAGACGAAAUGCACAUGAAAGACGUUUUCGGGUUAAACGAUGGAUUUUUUGACAUUGAUGAAUUUAACAAGCAGACUUUAGCAUUGGAGGACGAUCAAGAGGUCUCUAAUGAACAACAAGAAGUAGACUACUUUGCUGAGUUAAGUGACGAUGCUAGUGAAGACGAAAUGGACUAUUUCAAUGAUUUCUAUGAAAAGCCACUGCACAAAUCAACUAAAAAUAAGAAAAGGAUUGAAUCAGAAGAUAUUAAUCUGCAAAAUGAAGAUGAAGAUGAAUUCGACGAAGAAGAUUACGACAAAGCAGUAGGCUCUGCGAUGAAAGAUUUACUUGCGGAUAAUGUAGAACAAGAGAAGCGAUCAUCCGAAAAUUUAUCAACUUUUGAAAAGAAGCAGCGUGAAAUUCAAUCGGAAAUUAACAAACUAGAGGCUGAACUAAUUGCAGAUAAAAAAUGGACAAUGAAGGGUGAGAUCAGCUCGAAAGAUAGGCCCCAAGAUUCUUUGCUAGAAGACCCGGAAGCUCCGACAUUAGAAUUUGACAGAACUGCAAAGCCAGUACCUGUAAUAACUGAAGAAGUUACUGAAACACUUGAAGAAAUAAUACGGCGCCGAAUCAAAAACGAAGAAUUCGACGAUUUACCUAAAAGAAUCAUAACUGAUGUUUCAAAGUUCUACAAUAAACAAAAAUAUGAUUUAUCUGAAGAAAAGUCGUCUAAAUCUUUGGCAGAAAUUUAUGAGGAUGAAUACAAACAAGUUGAUCCUAACGAAAAAGUAAAUGAAGAACUCAAGAAGCAGCAUGAUGAAAUACGGGAACUUUUUGAUAAAGUCAACUACAAGUUGGAUGCUCUAUCAUCAGCACAUUUCGUGCCGAAGCCACAUCAAGCGAGAUCGAUCGAGAUCAAGGUUACUGAUGAUACACCGGUCAUAUCCAUGGAAGAUGCCCAGCCUUUGCAUGUACCGAGUGGCUCAUCUUUGGCACCACAGGAAAUAUAUAAGAUUGGUGAUGAGCGCCCAUCAUCUGGUGUAGAAGGAAAAAAAGAGGUCCAACUCAAGUCAGGGCUUUCUUAUUCGAAGGAAGAACUUUCUAGAAAUGAAAAGCAAAGAUUAAGACGUGCAAAUAAAAGAAAGAAGUCCAAGGAAUAUAAUCACAGAAAAGAAAUCAAAGAGCAAGUCAAUAAUCAAUCUUCCUCUAAAGAACCUCCUAACAAAAGACAAAAAACAAAUGAAGUAAUUAACACAUUAUCUAGGGCUAAAAACCUUACAAUCAUAGGCAAAAAGGGUGAAUUUACUGAUGCCAAGGGAAACUUAAAAAAGCAGCGUGGGCCUCAGACAUCGAAUAAUUACAUGCUCUAA